ACUUUAUUGACAAAGACAUUUUCAAGUAGGCUACAACAGCAUCGCCGUGUGUUGGUAUUCCCGGUCCCAUGCAAGAAGAGACAGGCUAGCGGUGGUUGCUGUAUUGGUCACCGGCCUCACGAUGAGUCUCGGCGGGAAGGAGCUGUCGAACCUCCUGGGCAUCCUGACGGAGGAGGCCUGCAGCAACACGUUCGAGGGCCUGUCCACUGCCUUCCACCACUACUUCACCAAGGCCGACCAUUUCCGGGUGGGCUCGGUGCUGGUGAUGCUCCUGCAGCAGCCGGAUCUCCUGCCUACCUCCCCGCAGCGCCUCACUGCCCUCUACCUGCUAUGGGAGAUGUACCGCACCGAGCCGCUCGCCGCCAACCCCUUCGCCGCCAUCUUCGCCCAUCUGCUCAACCCACCGGCCGGAGAGGAGGCCGAGAGGCUGCUGUCAGGUUUUUUGCCACCAAUUACACCUCCUGAAAAGUUCUUCCUUUCUCAGUUGAUGUUGGCACCACCUAGAGAAUUAUUUAAAAAGACACCUAGACAGAUAGCUGUCAUGGACGUGACGAAUUUGGCGCAGCCAGUAGACAUCAGUGGACUUCAGUUGGCACUAGCAGAACGACAGUCUGAACUUCCAACUCAGAGCAAGGCCAGCUUCCCAAGCAUCUUAAGUGAUCCUGACCCAGACUCCUCGAAUUCUGGUUUUGACAGUUCCGUUGCUUCUCAGAUUACAGAAGCUUUGGUCAGCGGUCCAAAGCCACCGAUUGAAAGCCACUUCCGUCCUGAAUUCAUACGCCCACCUCCUCCUCUACACAUCUGUGAUGAUGAACUUGCUUGGUUGAAUCCCAUUGAUCCUGAUCAUGCCAUCAAAUGGGACAAAUCAAUGUGCGUAAAGAAUAGCACUGGUGUGGAAAUUAAGCGCAUCAUGGCCAAGGCAUUUAAAAGUCCACUGUCUUCUCCUCAGCAGACACAGCUCCUUGCAGAGUUAGAAAAAGACCCCAAACUGGUUUAUCAUAUUGGCCUUACUCCUGCCAAGCUUCCAGACCUGGUAGAAAACAAUCCCCUGGUUGCAAUUGAAAUGUUGCUAAAGCUGAUGCAGUCAAGUCAGAUCACAGAGUAUUUCUCAGUUCUGGUCAACAUGGACAUGUCGCUACAUUCAAUGGAAGUUGUUAAUCGGUUAACCACUGCGGUUGAUCUUCCUCCUGAAUUUAUUCACCUUUAUAUAUCAAAUUGCAUAUCCACGUGUGAGCAAAUUAAGGACAAAUAUAUGCAGAAUCGCUUGGUUAGACUGGUUUGUGUCUUUCUACAGUCUUUAAUUAGAAACAAAAUUAUUAAUGUCCAGGACUUGUUUAUAGAGGUGCAGGCUUUCUGUAUAGAGUUCAGCAGAAUACGGGAAGCAGCCGGCCUUUUCCGACUUCUGAAGACUUUGGACACUGGAGAAAAUCCACAAGAGGCUAAACCGGCAAAAUAAGAGACCGGCACACUACCUGAGAACUUUUGUCUUGUACAUAAUGACUUUUUUUUUUCUUUUAAUUUUGUCAAGUAUCCUCUAUCCUGGACUAUCCUACAAGCAUAUUGUGGCCUACGUAUGCUGCUACUAGUAUAUCCAUUUAUUAAUUAGCUCAGCUCCAGACACUGAAUACCAGUGGAUUGAUGAUCGGAUUUUGGUCCCCACUUGUACAGUUUAACUUAUUGCAAGAAUCUUAUCUGUAGAGAUAAUUCUGCCUGUGGAUGGUUUCUAAAAGCUCUUUCCAUGUGCAUUUUGUAAAUGUGCUUCGGUUCAGCAUUCGUAAACCAAUAAAACAGGCCUUGUUCUGUGAAGGAUCUAACUUUGUGAACUUAUUAAGACACUUGUAAAACUGAGCUGUUGAUAUAGCAGCUU